AAAAUUCGUCACAUAUAAUCUCGAAAAUAAACACACUUUUUCCGAUGACUAGUCCGUCAGCAAAAUUUUCCAAAAAAAAAAGUAAUAAUAUUAUUACCUGCCGACCGCGAUCCGUCGGCCCCAUCCACCGUAAUUUUACCACAGAGCUUCCCCAUUUGUCAAACCAAAACAAUGGUUCCCAACACUCACCAAGAUUGAGCAACUAGUCGUAUUAUGCUGGAACUACUAGACAUCCCAUGAUCUCGAUCCUCAGAAGACUAACCACCUCACUCCAACCUCUAAUGGACCCACCCACUUCCUCCCCGCGACUUCUGGCCCUGACCCACCAGCUCCGCCUCUACAAGCCACCGCCUCUGUCCUGGGACGACGACUCCGAGGAGCAGAGAAUCGAAGAAACUGCCGGCAAAGUCGUGUCCCAAGUGGGCUUUGCUGAGUCCAAGACCCCAAUUGGAAGAGACCCAGAAACGUUCAGGCCCAAAAGAGCUGCUGUUUUGAUCUGUUUGUUUGAAGGAGACGGUGGGGAUCUACGUGUCGUUUUGACCAAGAGGUCAUCUGGGUUGUCCACUCACUCUGGUGAGGUUUCUUUGCCAGGUGGGAAGACAGAGGAGGGAGACAAGGAUGAUGGUGACACAGCAACAAGAGAAGCGAAAGAGGAGAUUGGUUUGGAUCCUAAGCUUGUUAAUGUUGUCACUGUUCUUGAACCAUUUUUGUCAAAGCACCUACUGAGAGUUGUACCUGUUAUCGGUUUACUUAACGAUAAGGAAGCAUUCAAGCCUGCUCCAAAUCCGGCCGAAGUGGAAUCAGUAUUUGAUGCUCCCUUGGAAAUGUUCAUCAAGGAUGAAAACAGGAGGGCAGAGGAGAGAGAGUGGAUGGGUAACAAAUACCUGAUUCAUUUCUUUGACUACGAAACCAACAACAAGAAGUACAUGAUAUGGGGCUUAACUGCUGGUAUCUUGAUUAGGGCUGCAUCAAUUGUAUAUGAACGGCCUCCACCUUUUGUGGAGCAGAAUCCCAGUCAUAAGGUCCAUUUCACCUCAUCAUCAUACUAAAUAUUAGAGAGGGAAAGGAAAAAGCAAGCCUAUUUUCUCAGGAUAGUCUUACAUUAACCCCCGGAAACCAGCAGCAAGUAUCAAGCAUUUUCUGGGUCUAGAAAAUUGCGAGAACAGACUUGUUGCAGUUGCCAUCUUCUCUUUUCUUCAGGACUUGUUGAUGCGGUUGCCUAGUAACUCAUUGAAACCCAGUCUACACCAAGACAUUUGCCGUCAUUGAUUUAAAGAAAGGAGGGACACUACCACCCUGUUUGUAAUAUGCUUCUGUUAGGUUUUGCUUGAUGUUAAAGAAACCAUUCCUUCUAUAAUUUUCAUCUAAUUUUUCUUGAUUAUGUCA